AUGGUGUCCUCACUCGUCUUCGCCUUGAGCCUCCUGACCACCCCUUUCGCCGCCUCGGCAGCAAAGCCUAAUACCGUCAAGGUCCCCCGUGCCAGCACGAGCGGCGAUCUCACCGGCUCAGGCACGCUGCAGGUUGUGAUCGGCAGCGGCGGCAACGUGAGUGCGACGACUGACUUUAGCACGUCGACGCCUGCAGACAUUGUGGGCUGUCUCAACGCAGCGGGACAGUUCACGCUGGAUGACUGCGCGACAUAUACCGUCACCGACACCUAUUAUGUCGAGACGAGCAAUGGCAUCUGCUCAUUUUACAACAGCUCCUCGCCGGCCAACACGGAUGAUUACUACGGGGCCUACGACUAUGCGCUGACAUGCUGGGAGCAUACGGGGGUGAUUGGCUCGGAUGUCACGUUCUACACUGUUGAGGGUAUGGCCUACAAUUUCCUUGGCAACGGAGACACAGAUUUCUACUAUGAUGUCCCUGGCCUGCCUGAGACCUCAACGGACGCGCUCAACUUCUGGCGCUUCGUGUGGGGUGGCGAGGAAACCGAUGUGCCGGCGGGCCACUACAGGGCGCUGCUGUUGUUUGGAUCUUCGUGA